UCCUAAUGACGUCAUAACCAUUUUGUCCUUUACGGGACACACACGCAUCACAGCAUUAUAAUAAUACGGUAAGGGAGAUUAAUUAAACUUAGCUGCAUUAAAGAAGAUACGCAUGCGCACUGAACAUACUACUUAACAUUGAUUUCGGGUUAAAUGUCUUGUCAAUGAAUUUCACUUGAUCACUUAAUAAUACAUUUAUAAUAAUACUUCUACAUUUCUCUACUACUAGGUACACAUAUAUAUAUAACAACACUGUCCUAUAUGAAACAUUUCCAACAUCAGAUGACAGUGAUGCAACGAAUAACACAUUCUCAAUAUCUACCAUGUUUUGAAACUGCAGGAGAAUGUAUUGAAACAUGUAUAACAUUGUUUCUAUGAAUCUCUGGUAGAAUACCUGUGAAACAUUUUCUCUGAAAUAUUAUUAGCAAAAUUUGUGAACAUCACCAACUGGAGUAUCAAGAAGAGGAGCCUGGGUACUAAUUAAAGUUGGAUAAAUUUAUGGAAGUGUUGCUAAAGAAAGGUAAUACAGGACAGAAAUACAGCAGUAGAAGUGUUUGUAAGAAAUAAAGAACAAGAAAAAUGCAUAAACUGUGAUUUGAGAGGAAAAGUAAUGGAAGAGAGUGAGAAAUUUAUAUAAUUGAUUUCCUUUCAACUGAUAUCUGUAGAAAGUCCUUGUUUUAAAGAAUAUAACCUAAUUAUGCAUAAACGUAUUCAUACAGGAGAGAAACCAUAUCAUUGCGAUAUCUGUGGUAAAUCAUUCUCGAACUGUAGUCAUUUAACUGCACACAAACGUAUACAUACAGGAGAGAAACCCUAUAAUUGUGAUGUCUGUGGUAAAUCAUUCUCAGAAAAUAGUGUCUUAACUACACACAAACGUACUCAUACAGGAGAGAAACCAUAUCACUGUGAUAUCUGUGGUAAAUCAUUCUCUAGAAGCAGUCAAGUUACUACACACAAACGUAUUCAUACAGGAGAAAAACCAUAUCGUUGUGAUGUCUGUGGUAAAUCAUUCUCUCUUAUUAAUAUCUUGGUUGCACAUAAACAUACUCAUACAGGAGAGAAACCAUAUAACUGUGAUGUCUGUGGUAAAUCAUUCUCUAGAAAGUUUCAAGUUACUAAUCACAAACGUAUUCAUACAGGAGAGAAACCCUAUCAUUGUGAUGUCUGUGGUAAAUCAUUCUCUGUUAAUAGUAUUUUAACUGCACAUAAGCGUAUUCAUACAGGAGAGAAACCAUAUCAUUGUAAUAUUUGUGGUAAAUCAUUCUCAGGAUCCAUUACAUUAAGCAGGCAUAAAUCUAUUCAUACUGGAGAGAGACCAUAUCAUUGUGAUGUCUGUGGUAAAACAUUCUCUGUAAAUAGUGAUGUAACGAAACACAAACACAUUCAUACACGAGAGAAACUAUAUCGUUGUGAUAUCUGUGGUAAAUCAUUCUUUUCUAGAAGUGACUUAUCUAGACAUAAUCGUAUUCAUACUGGGGAGAAACCAUAUCAUUGUGAUAUCUGUGGUAAAUCAUUCUCUAGCGGUGGUCACGUUACUGCUCACAAACGUAGUCAUACAGGAGAGAAACAAUAUCAUUGUGAUAUUUGUGGUAAAUCAUUCUCUGAAGGUAGUAAAUUAACUAAGCACAAACGUAUUCAUACAGGAGACAAACCAUAUCACUGUGAUAUCUGUGGCAAAUCUUUCUCUGUAAAUAGUAACUUACAGGAGCAUAAACAUAUUCAUACAGGAGAGAAGCCAUAUCACUGUGAUGUCUGUGGUAAAUCAUUCUCUCACAGUAGUUCCUUAACUCCACACAGACGUACUCAUACAGGAGAGACUCCAUAUCACUGUAAUAUAUGUGGUAAAUCAUUUUCUAGCAGUGGUUGUGUUACUACACACAAACGUACUCAUACAGGAGAAAGACCAUAUCAUUGUGAUAUUUGUGGUAAAUCAUUCUCUAGAAGCAUUCAUCUUACAACACACACGCGUAUUCAUACAGGAGAGAAACCGUAUCAUUGUGAUAUCUGUGGUAAAUCAUUCCCUGCAAAUAGUUACUUAACGAAACACAAACGUAUUCAUACAGGAGAGAAACCAUAUCAAUGUGAUAUCUGUGGGAAAUCAUUCUCUUCCAAUACUCAGUUAUCUACACACAGUCAUAUUCAUACUGGAGAGAAACCAUAUCCUUGUGAUAUCUGCGGUAAAUCAUUCUCUGACAGAAGUUCCCUAUCAAGACACAAACGUAUUCAUACAGGGGAGACACCAUAUCAUUGUGAUAUCUGUGGGAAAUCAUUUUCCAGCAGUGGUUAUGUUACUGCUCACAAACGUACUCAUACAGGAGAGAAACCAUAUCAUUGUGAUAUCUGUGGUAAAUCAUUCACUCAGAGUGGUCACUUGUCUAGGCAUAAGCAAAGUCAUACGGGAGAGAAACCGCAUCACUGUGAUGUCUGUGGGAAAUCAUUCUCUCAAAAUUGUGACUUAACAAAACACAGAUACAUUCAUACAGGGAAGAAAGGAAACAGGUAAUUUCUUGUUUGGUAUGUAUUUUCAAUAUUCAAUGGAAAAUAUGACUGACAUAAUUCAAAAAUAUUUUCUGUUUUCUUUAUGCAAUUUUCACCUCUCCUUGUUCCACAACUACGAGUGCAGAUUCCUUUCGAUGGUGUAAGGACCUCUUUACCAAAACUCUUCCUACUGACAACCCUACACUUUAUUCUUUAGUGAAUAUCACAUCUUUAAAUUUCUGUAUAUAUAUUAUGUUUUAAAUGCUUGACCCAUUAAAUAUCUUAUGUUCUCUAUU